UUAUAGUAUAAUUGAACAUGACUUCAACACAACUUCAAAAAUGGCUAUACAAUAAUAAAAAAAAACGGCAUUGAUAGUUUGAUACAAAGUCAAAUUUUAACUCAACUUAAAAUUAAUCCGAUAGCUUAAAUGAAUAGCUCUAAAACGAGUCCGAACUUUUAAGUAAUAAUCCCAUGAUUCAUAAAAACGCUAGAAGACUUGUUGGAUGUUGCCGUGUGGAUAAUUAGACUUGAAGUUGAAGUAAUUGGGAAUUGGCAUGUUCUCCAAUUGUCCAACCAAACUUGGAUCAUUCUUCUCAAUUUCAAUUACCCACAAAAAUCUGCAGAUUCAAUCAACUUCUUUUCUUACAAUUUCUGCAUAGAUUCUCCAUUAAUGGCGUAUUCUACAGCUCGUAGCACACUCUUGGAUUUAUGGUGCGAUCAUACUCAAACUGAUACUGAAACUCAAACAAUUCCUCUCAGACGUUCUCUUCGACGCUUAAAAACAUUCCUUAGAUUAUUAGGUUUUAUCCAUGAUUCUCCUUUUACACUUUCUAUAUCGACUCUUUCUUUCUUCUCUUUUGGUGUUGCUGCUCCUUCUUUAGUUAUCAUCUUCUUCUAUUGUGGUCAUGGAUCUUCUACUUCUUCUGCUUGUAGUGAGUAUCACCUUAAGAAUUUUGAGCUGGAGACUCUUUUCUUCCAGGCUACUGCUGCUGGUGUUUCUCUUGUUUGUUUUUCCCUUAGUUUUAGGAAAUAUGGACUCCGGAUCUUUCUUUUUGUUGAUAAGUAUCAAGGAAAUAUUGCGCUUUUUCAAUUUGAUUAUAUCCCUAAAAUUGAUGCAUUCUUUCGCUCGCUGGCAGUAUGGGUAAUUCCAUGCUUACUCUUGAAGAUGGCAAGGGAGAUUGUUAGAGCUAUCUUUAUCCACAAUGAUUCAUUGAUCCAAUCUGUGGUGGUUGUGUUUAUUUUGCUGAUAUCCUGGACAUACACAGCAACAAUCUAUCUCUCUGGAAGCACCUUGUUCAGUUUGGUCUGCAAUUUACAAGUAGUACACUUUGAGAACUACAAGAAGCUUUUCGAAAGGAAUUUGGAUAUUUUAGUAUAUAUUGAAGAGCACAGUCGUCUUACGUAUAAUCUGUCUAAAAUUAGCCACAGAUUCCGAAUUUUCCUUAUUUUGGAGUUCUUGAUUGUCACUGCUAGUCAAGUUGUGACCCUGCUGGAAACUACAGGAAACAAUGGGACCAUCAAGUUCAUAAAUGCUGCAGAUUUUGCCAUCUCCUCCAUUGUUCAGGUAGUGGGAAUAAUUAUUUGUCUGCAUGCUGCUGCAAAGAUAUCUCAUAGGGCUCAAAGCCUCGCGUCAUUUGCCAGUAGAUGGCAUGCCCUACUUACAUGUCGCUCAAAUGAGACUCUACAAUCAUCGGAACAUGGCGGGAACUUUAGUUCCAUCGGUUCCUCAAUUACAACUUCUGUGAACUACAUAGAAAGUGACAUUGAGUCGUCUGAUUACGUGUUACCACCUAUGAAUGUAGAAUCAGUGUCAGAUGUGUCUUCGUACCUCAAAAGACAAGCAUUUGUUAUGUAUAUGCAGUCCAACCCUGGUGGAGUAACUAUUUUUGGGUGGACCGUGAAUAGAACAUUCAUGGAUACAAUUUUCUGUGCUGAACUCACUGUGGUUACCUUUGUUCUUGGGAAGACGCUAACGUUUACAACAAACAAUACUUGAAGAAGUUUAAUGUGUCUUCAAACAAUAUUCUUUUGCCUCUUAUAUGGGCACAAACGGCUAUUUAAGGUAAUUUAUUCAUUUUCUCGUUGAGCUAAUCCUCUUAUAUAUGUAUAACUAAUUAGUUCCGAGGAUCCUUAAUUAAAUGGAAGUUCUGAAGUUCUUCCCGGAAGUGUGGUGAUCAGUGGGGCUGUAAUACUAGAUCAACACUAAGCUUGAAUAGAGAACCAUUCGGAGAAUUGACUAGUCGGGGAUGAAUAAGUGGGUGUCAUAGGUUGUGUGCCCUUCACCUCCCUGCCCCACUGAAUAUGGUAAUCUAUCUACUAAUAUGAACUAAAACACGCGGAUUUUAGGACCAUUUAUGCUAUGUGAACGUUCAUUCAUUUUGAGGCGGCGUGACUGCAGUGAAGGAUUUUGAUCAUCAACGCAUCGCUUCAAGCUCCCAUCCAGUAGGACAUAUAAAGCAGAUUACAUAGGAAGAUGGGGAUCUACAACCUAGGAUAUGCAUUUUUCAAAAAGUUUGAAGUAGAAAUGUGCACUAUCAAUUGAAGUUAAGAAACAAUUGGGUGGAAGUAUGAGACCAUGUACUUUAUCUAGACUCUAGAGGAUCUCAAGAUGAUAUUCAAAGUAAAACAGUGUACGGUUGGGUUUAACCCACUUCUUUGUUUAUAUGCAUCAUAUUCCUCCACCUUUUAAAGGUCACCAUUAUAACUUAUAAGUGUUCAUUCGGUUCGGGUUAAUUUCGACUCAGAAUAUUUUUGGAUCGGUUUAAAA